AUGUUUACUCCCAUUAUCGCUCCAGAUGGUGUUAAAUUGUCAUCCUCCUUAUCCAAGAGAUGUAAUAGAUCGCAAAACGCACGUUCAAGUAGUGGUAGAGGCUGUGUUCAUGAUGGAUCAUUACUCGUGGCAGUGGUUCGAGAAGUAGGUAUGGAAGAUCAUCAAAUCAUGGAGAAGGAACAAGUGGAAGUUGCUCCAAGCAAUCGCAAAUAUAUAACUGUGUUGCAAAAUAAUAUUCUUCCCUUCAAAAAUUUACUUGAUCAAAUAUACGGUGAACAUGAUGUGGAACAAGAUGAUCAUUAUUCACCAUACAUGCUUGGCGUUCAUUUCCAGCACACAGAAAUUGAUGAAACAACCAAUGAUGAUAUUCAUCUCGGUGGAACAGAUGAAUAUGGCCGAACCUCAUACCCCUCUGUCAAUCUUAAUUUAAGUGCAUCUGAUGAAGAGGAACCAAGAAUUUCACGGUCACCUCUUCAUUCUGGAAGAGAAGUAAGUCAUCAUUCUCCAUACACGACUAGAAGAUCAUCUUCAGGUGUUCGUAAUACAUUAUCAACACGGCGUGCUCAUAUAAGAAGAUCCAAUUUUGAGGCUCAAAUUGAUGGAAUAUUUCAACGAAUGAAAGAAUCUCGUGGGCAGUUACUAGAUGUUAUGCGCUCAAGUCAAUACAAAACCAACAUAUGGUGA